AUCCCAUAUGGUCUCCUCGCCUGCUUCUUCCUGUCGAUGGAGAUCCAAACACGGCCUCUAGUUGAGUGAAAACUGUCGGGUGCCACUGAACUGAGGCCAAAAACAGAGCUUUCCUUGCUUUCCCACAGCCAGAGACACAGCCACUUUCUAGCCGCCCAAAAACCUCGAUCUACCCCAAGAAAACUUCUUUGCCAACCAUCACAUCACACUUCCGAACACUCCCACCGAGAAAACCCAAAAACCAGAGAUGGCCGGAACCAGCCAUUGCAGCGUCCCGGUGAUCGAUUUAGAGGACUUUCCGGCGCAAGCAGGGAAGCUGAUGGAGGCAUGCGAGGAAUGGGGCUGUUUCAGGGUCCUCAACCACCACAGCUUCCUCCCUCCGCUGCUCGCGUUGGCGAUGAAGGAGGUGGUACGGCAACUCUUCGACCGGCCGCCGGAGGUUAAGCGGCGGAACGCCGACGUGAUCCCCGGCAGUGGGUACAUGGCGCCUAGCGCGGUCAAUCCUCGGUAUGAGGCCUUAGGUCUCUAUGACAUAGGCUGUGCUGACGCUGUUGAUGCCUUUUGUACCCAGUUGGAUGCCUCUCCCCGCCAAAGUGAAACAAUCAAGAAGUAUGCUCAUGCAGUACAUGAGCUAGCUAUUGAUAUUGCACACAAGAUGGCUAAAGCUAUGGGGCUGUCCGGGGUUUCAUUCAAGGAUUGGUGCUCACAGUUCAGGAUAAACAAAUACAACUUCACCCCUGAAGCCGUAGGCUCUUCUGGUGUGCAAAUCCACACCGACUCGGGAUUCCUGACCAUUCUUCAGGACGAUGAAAAUGUGGGCGGCCUUGAAGUUAUGGACAAGUCUGGUGGAUUUGUGGCAGUGGAGCCCUUGCCUGGGUCCCUGCUUGUCAAUCUUGGGGACAUUGCUAAUGUUUGGAGUAAUGGGAGAUUCUACAACGUGAAGCAUCAAGUGUUAUGCAAGAGAGCCACAAUGCGUUUCUCGAUAGCUACGUUUCUCUUGGGACCCAAGGAGGCGGUAGUGGAAGCCCCAGUGGAAUUGGUGGACUCUGCACACCCCCGCCUGUAUGUUCCUUUCACUUACAAUACUUUCAGAAUGCUCCGAACCUCAAACAAGUUGCAUGCUGGUGAAGCUCUUGCUCUUGUGCGCUCCAACUCUUGAAAUAAGAUCUGGAAGCAUGGUUUAUUUAUCCCAUAUCUAUGGAGAUAAAAGAAAAAAUUGACACCGCACUAGACACUGCUGAUCAACCAUAGAUA